AUGGGUAGAGGUAGGGGAAAAGGAAAGAGGUUGACUGUGAGCAAUCACGACGAUACUGGUAGUGGCGAAGAAGAGAAGAUUCCUGCACAGAAGAGAAGAGGGAGACCACAAAAGCCAUUGAAAGAUGAGUUCGAUGAAGAAGAAAUGGAGAAAAUGAUUGAGGAGGAAGAUGUUGUGGAGAAUGGGAAGGUGAUGAAUAACUCUGCUAGCAAAGAGGCGAAAAGUCCAACUGCAUCAGAGAAUGGGAAGAAGAGGAGACGCAACUCUCAGCUGCAGCAACAGGCUAAGGAAAAACAGCCUGAUUCGGUAAUGAAGGAAGAGAAUGGGGUAGUAGCAAUUACCAAUGACCCAAUCAAGUCUAACGGGUUUAGGCAAAACGGGAGCAGGCGGAAGAACAAGCCUCGACGAGCUGCUGAGGCAGGCGUCGAAUGCAAGUGA